AUCGAACCCUAUAACGGAUGGAAAAAUAUCCAAGACAAGAAAGAUAUUUCGGGGGAUGAAGACACGUCAACUAACUAACGUGUUCUAAAGUGGGCGAUUAGUGAUCCGACCGGCUUGCCAUACCGCUCCGACGCAAACGGAUAAGUAUAAAUCAGGCUUUAGGCAUCCUAAUCAUCCAAAUCACGCUACUACUACAAGCUGUUGCUAAGUGUACUCGGUCGUUGCUCGUGUCUGCGGGAACCGCUGCAGUGAAGCUGAGGGGAAAACAUACAUUUCAGGAUGGCGUCAGCAAAUGCCGUAUAUGGACAGAAGGAGUCCUCAGACCAGAACUUUGAUUACAUGUUUAAAAUCCUCAUCAUUGGCAACAGCAGUGUGGGGAAAACGUCCUUCCUCUUCCGCUAUGCAGAUGACUCAUUUACACCAGCGUUUGUCAGCACGGUGGGCAUUGACUUCAAGGUGAAAACCAUCUACAGGAAUGACAAGAGGAUAAAGCUGCAGAUCUGGGACACUGCUGGACAGGAGCGCUACAGGACAAUCACCACAGCCUACUACAGAGGAGCCAUGGGCUUCAUUCUCAUGUAUGACAUCACCAAUGAAGAGUCUUUCAAUGCUGUCCAGGACUGGUCGACCCAGAUCAAGACAUACUCUUGGGACAAUGCUCAAGUCCUCUUAGUGGGAAACAAAUGUGAUAUGAUUGAUGAACGGAUCGUGGCCUCAGAGAGAGGUCGGCAGCUAUCUGAACAGCUGGGUUUUGAGUUUUUUGAAGCGAGUGCUAAAGACAACAUUAAUGUGAAGCAGACCUUUGAGUGGCUGGUGGAUAUUAUCUGUGAGAGGAUGGCAGAGACCCUAGACAACAAUGACCCCAACAUCACUGGGGCCAAGCAGGGGCCCCAGCUCAGUGAACAGCCCCAGAGGUCUCAUCAAGAUUGUGCUUGUUGAACACAACACAUACACUAACACAUGCUGCUGGGCCUAUUUCAGACAUUUUUAAAAGAUUUUUCAUUUUAACAGUUGGAAUAUCUCGCACAGACAACUUUACAGUAACACUGCCAUGCAGACACACCACUGGGCUGCUGUGGUUCUAGUCCACACAGAGCAUGUUUUGAGUCAGGCAGCUCUCCCUAGACAUUCAGUCCAGGAAAAUCCAGAUCACUGGUCAGAGAUGUGAAGAACAUCCACCUAUCGGACAGUCUUAUCAGACUUAUCUUUGUUUUCAACGUGGACACACACACACACACACACACACACACACACACACACACACACACACACACACACACACACACACACACUCACACACACACACACACAAUGGUGGUCCAGCCUAAAAUGAACAAAAACUUUAUGGUUUUGGGUUCUGAGUUUCUGCCCGGGUUACGUGUUCAAUCUGAUAUUUUUUUUUUCAUUCUUUAUUUUAAGAAUUGAUGAAUGCUUUAAAGGUGUUUUUAUUACGUUCUAAACACAAAUCAGAUCAGCUGCUUGUAGAUUUGGCUUCAAGAGCAGCCCAGCAUGGGGACCAGUGAACAUUAGUUUGUCUCCAUUUUUAAAUGUGUUAUUGUUUAAAACUAAUUAAGACAUAUAUAUUUAUAAAUCAUAAAUUAUAUCUGACGAGAGAGAAAAUAAUUAUCUACAGCUGUGCAUAUAUUUAUGAUAUACAUAUAACAUAAAUUUGAAUACAGAUGAUGAAUGCCAGCGUAGUUGAUGUUCUGCUUCUUUAGGUGUGUGAGCCGUGUCUGACUUGUCCUCUCCAUCAUGCCCAUACUGUCUCUAUAAUAUCUGUAAACGAAGCAUUGUGUGUCCCUUGGGUCACGGAUGUUUUCCAGCAUGAUAAAUGUGUUAUGUGUCUUGCUCGGCUGACGGACCUGUCUGUCAUUCACUUAGUUCACAAAAUCUCAUUUAAAGACCUACUUCUAAGAUUUGGCUUUUAGACCGUGACUUGUUUUAUUGUGUUCUUAGUAUUCCUCAUUUUUUGUAUUUUCUUUUAUUGAUCGGUAUUUAUAUCUUCUGUUUCGUUGCUUUGAUUGGUCGUGAUUUGGUCCAGCCUGUGCAGCACUUUGGGCAGCUUCCAUGCUGCGUUUUAAAUGUGCUAUAUAAAUAAACUAUGGUAUGGUAUGGUAUGGUAUAGUAAUCCAUUAUUGACUUAAAUUGACAGUGUGUAGUUUUCUGGCUACAAUACAUACCAAAAUCAUUGCAAGCAAGGGGUAUUUUUGUGUACAAGUGAUGACCUUACCAACGAAUGGCCAUGAAGGCCAAAAAUCCCUGGCAGUGUCAUAGCACAAUUUGUUUUUUAAAGGCAUACUUGGCAGUUUAGCUUGAUUUUAGCACCCCUUGUGUCCACUAUUAAUUAUCUGUGGUCAAAGCAAAAAUUAAACCUAUGUCCUCGCUGGGCGUCCAUCUUAAUCUAACAGCUGAAAUGUCUCCCCAGCCUUCACUAGUUUCUAGAGAGGAUAUUCAUCAAAUCAGCUGUGUUCAUGAUCUAAAACAUGCAGGAAACGUGCUGAAAGCAGACUGCAGUGCCAGGUAUGUAAGCUAAAUGUUAUUAUGUGUAACAGGUGAUUGACUGACACUCUGAAGUUGUGAAAAUAGUAUUCUAUACCAAGAGGGCUGUGGUGGUCUGAGUAGUAGUACUAAUGCUGUAAAGGGUCGUUUUAGCAUAUACUGACUGAAGAAGUAAUUUAAAAAUGUGAAAAGGUUGCAUAGUAUCCCUUUAAAUGCUUUUUUAAAAUGAAUAAACUAUUGUUAGAUGGAAGUACCUCAAUGCAUGGACGUCAUUUUCGCUUUAGAAGUGGGGGGGACAUGGGGGGGGGGGGGUAUCUUUACAGUAUGCUCUAACGGGAAACACAACACAAACGGUUGUUUUCCGCUUGGUCCUAGAGCUCAACCAGUGUCAAUUUAAAAUAGCGUAAUAUUAUUUUUGGAUGGUAAAAAGUGCAGGGGUCAAAACUUGACUUUGAAAAAAGUGGGGGGGACAUGCCCCCCCACCCCCCACCCCCCCGUACGUCCAUGCCUCAAUGACAGUAAAGUACACAUUUCAGGUAGUUUUACACCAUAUCACCUUGACUGUCGCUAGUUUAGCAAACUAUCACGGUAAAUGUUACCUGUGGAGCAGACAGAAUGUGAUAUUGGCUUGACUCCUUAGACUUUGAUGGUCCUUCAGUUGAUUCCAUCGAUAAAAUGUGAUGCUGAUGCUAGUUGUCUGGCGGUGUGUGUACCAGAUCUACUCGGGGGUGUCACACCCUGUCCUGUCUCCCCAUUUGGUUCAGCCUGUGUCUCUGUUGAUUGCUCCCACCUGCCUCUCGUUUCCUAAUCACCCAAGAUCCCAACCCUCUUGUAGUUAAACCCCUCCAGUUCUGUGUCUCUUGUUGCCUCAUUGUUUCCAUGUCAGCGUGUUUCUCAUUAAAAGACCUUACCUGUCCCAGUUUGUCUACCUGCCUGAUUCCUCCCCAGCGUUUGGAUCCUCACCUCCGCUCCACUCGCCGGCACGUUGUGACAGGGGGUCCUGCAACUACUGAUGACGUCAAACUACGGCAAAACCACUUGGUGAAAUUAUGUUGCAUAUCUUCUUUUAUUCUGUUCUUUCACAUUGGUUUUGGAAAGAGUUUAGCAGUUUUGUUAUUAAAUUCAUGUUGCUUACCGUCUAAAUGUUUUUACAUAAUUAGCAGCCCUUUUUGUUUGUAUAAAUGUUGAAUUCUUCUCUAUAUUUUGUUAGUUCUUAUGUAAAUAUAUCUAUUCAUUCAACAUGUAUACUUGUUAUUUGUUCAAUAAAAUUCUUUUAAAUUUUGUCCCAUUUCAACAAAU